GCCUAUUCUCAGAACUACAACACUUUUCAAUUGCAAAAUCGAAGCAAAGAAACACACACAAACAUACACAACUGUCUCUUCGUUACUUCAUGUUCAUCUUCUCUGCACAUAAAGCCUUUAAACUUAUCCAUUUAUCCCCGCGUUAUUACGCUUCUGCUACUGCACUGGACCCAUCACUCUCUCUCCUCCACCUUCUUCAGCACUCAAUCUCCCACCAAUCCCUCAAACUCACCCGACAAUCCCAUGCCCAAAUAUGUCUCCUCGGCCUCACUAAGCACCCUUUCAUUGUAACAAAACUCAUUUCUGCAUACUCUUCGUGCAAAAACCCAGUUGACUCUCAGCUCGUUUUCGACUCAGUUUUAGUCAAGAAUGUGUAUAUAUACAACACAUUGAUUAAUGGGUAUGCGAAAAAUUGUUUAUACGAUGAAAGUUUUUAUCUAUUUAACCAAAUGAGUCAAACUUCUGUAUUACCUGAUGAGUUCUCUCUUUCAAUUUUGUUGAAAAUUUCGGGUGAUUUAAGAAAUAUAUUUGCAGGGAAAUCCAUCCAUGCAAAGUGUAUAAGGAUUGGGCUUGUAUCAGAUACUGUAGUUGCCAACUCUCUUAUGUCCUCGUAUUUGAAGUGUGAGAGUUUUCUUGAAUCCUUGAAGAUGUUUGAUGAAAUGCCCCACAGAAAUGUUUCUUCUUGGAAUGUUAUAGUAUCAGGCUGUGCAACUUUGAAAGAACAUGAUUUUGGUAGUGAUAUAUGGACAUAUUUUAAAAAUAUGCAAAUUGAAGGGUUCAAUCCUGAUGAAUUCACGGUUUCAAUUCUUCUUCCUUUGUGUAGGAGUGAAAAUGAGAAAUUGAAUUAUGGAAGGGAGCUUCAUUGUUAUGUUGUAAAGAAUGAAUUGCAAAUGGAUUCAGGUUCUGAUGUUCAUUUAGGGUGUUGUUUGAUAGAUAUGUAUUCGAGAAAUAAUAAGCUCGAGUUGGGUAGACGAGUUUUCAGUCAGUUGAAGCAUAGAAAUGUCUAUGCUUGGACAGCGAUUGUCAAUGGCUAUGUACAGCAAGGGUAUUUUGAUGAAGGUCUGGUUCUAUUUAGGGAAAUGCAAAGGAGAGAUGGGAUAGAACCCAAUAAGGUUUCGCUUGUAAGUAUUCUCCCUGCUUUUAGCUCGCUUGCUGGUUUAGUUGGUGGGAGACAAAUUCAUGGAUUUGCAAUUAGGAAGGAGUUGAAUCAUGAAGUUUCUUUAUGCAAUGCUUUGAUUGAUAUGUAUUCCAAGUGCGGGAGCUUGUAUUGUGCCAGGCAGGUCUUUGAAUAUGAUUGUAUCAAUAAAGAUGUGAUCUCCUGGAGUUCAAUGAUAUCUGGAUAUGGAUUACAUGGGAAGGGUGAGGAAGCCAUUAUUUUGUAUGAUAAGAUGGUUCAAAUUGGGAUCAAACCAGACAUUAUAACAAUUGUUGGGGUUCUUUCUGCUUGUGGCAGGUCAGGAUUAGUUGAUGAAGGCUUUAGAAUCUAUAGCUAUGUUGUAAAUUAUUUUGAAAUUAAACCUACGUUGGAAAUAUGUUCGUGCAUGGUUGAUAUGUUUGGUCGAUCUGGCCAGCUUGAUCGAGCUUUGGAUUUUAUUAAGGCCAUGCCUAUAGAACCGGGUCCUAGUGUUUGGGGGGCUCUUGUUAAUACUUCCAUACUUCAUGAAAAUUCUGGGAUGCGAGAUUUGGCGUAUAGUUUCCUUAUUCAGAUGGAACCUGAUAACCCCUCAAACUAUGUCUCGCUUUCAAAUCUGUAUGCUGCUUCACGAAGGUGGGAUGUUGUUGCUGAAGUGAGAACAAGGAUGAAAGAAAGGGGACUCAGAAAGUUACCUGGGUGCAGUUGGAUUAGCAUUAACAGUGAAAAUCACAGCUUUUAUGUUGCUGAUAAAGCGCAUCCUAGGUCUGAUAUGAUUUAUGAGAUGCUGGAUGAACUCAUUUUAGCAAUGAAGGGAGUUGGUUAUUCUCCUGAUCUUGAGAAUUCAACACAGAUAUGUCAACACUAAUGCAGCGAUGCGAUA